GCGAUGGGGCAGGAGCAAAGCCACAGUGAGGAAAUGGAUUUAGCGCAGAUUCAGGAGCUGUGCAUCAUUUUCAUGAAGGAGUGCCCUAGUGGUGCGUUGCAUUUACAUGAGUUUAAGAGGAUCUUUGGAGUACUCAACACUUCUGCAGAGGAGUCUCUCUUCAUUGAAACAAUAUUUCACUCAUUUGACACAAAUAAGGACAAUGCACUAGAUUUCCUGGAGUAUGUCGCAGCACUUCAUCUGAUUUUAAGAGGGAAUCUUGAGGAUAGACUCAAGUGGUCUUUCAAGAUGUAUGACAAAGAUGGGAAUGGUAAAUUAGACCGGCAAGAGGUGAAACGGAUCAUAAGGAUUCUCUACAAAAUCAAGCUCCAGACAACUGAUGUUGAUUUGACACCAUCUGAAAUAUGUGACAGAAUCUUUGAUUUGGUUGACCAGAACAGCGAUGGUCAGAUAUCGCUAUCGGAGUUCAUGGAAGGCGCUCAGAAAGAUGAAUGGGUAAUGAACCUGUUCAAGUUGGACGUCAACGCCACCGGAUGGGUCAUCCAAAAUUGUGGCAAACUACCAUGA